CAGAACCAGUGCUUGGGGCUUUGAUCUGCUGGCAAUGAUGUGAUUUAAAAAACAACAACAACAGCAACCCCACCAGGAGAACAUAAAGCGCAGCAUGGAAGGGUGGUCCGGCAGCCGGGAUUGGCACCAUCUCCUGGCUCCCCAUGAAGGAGAAGACCCCCCAGCCACAUGUCUCACACUGUCUACGUGAGUCAUCCGACCCAGGUGCCCGAGUCACACUGAUCAAGGCGACAACUUAAAGCUGGGAGAACAACAUGGAGAACAGUGCGAGUCCUCGUGCCGCGGUCUUUCUCAUCCUGUUCGGUCUGGUUACGCUGCUGAUCAUCUACAGCUCCAACAGCAGGAGUGAAGACUUCCACUACACCUCCUCGGGAGGAAAGAUCCCUCUUCCUUCUAGCCUGAAGGAAUGGGGAGUGAAAAACGGAUACCUCCCUGUGGCUGGGAACAAGACCUUGGACCGUCACUGCAACCAGUGUGCCAUUAUCACCAGUUCCAGCCACCUCCUUGGGAGCAAACUGGGUCCAGAAAUCGACCGGACGGAGUGCACAGUCCGCAUGAACGAUGCUCCUACCACGGGGUACGAAGCAGAUGUUGGCAACAAGACCACCUUCCGGGUGGUAGCCCAUUCGAGUCUCUACAGGGUCCUGAAGAGGCCGCAGGAGUUUGUCAACAAGACUCCGGACAACAUCUUGAUCUUCUGGGGGCCUCCCGUCAGGAUGCAGCAGCUCUUCAACAAGGUCAUCCAGCGGGUCAGCACGUCGUUCCCCAACAUGUCAGCUUUCGUCGCUUCCAGCAAGCGCAUGAACCAGUUUGACAACCUGUUCAGGAAAGAGACCGGAAAGGACAGAGUGACGUCGCGCUCCUGGCUGAGCACAGGCUGGUUCACCAUGGUGAUCGCUGUCGAGCUGUGCGACAGAGUUCAUGUUUAUGGGAUGGUCCCCCCUAAUUACUGCACUCGUAAGAACCCCCUGCCCCGCAAGAUGCCGUAUCAUUACUACGAGCCGAAGGGCCCGGACGAAUGCUUCACCUACAUCCACAACGAGCGGAGCCACCGGGGCAACCAUCACCGGUUCAUCACCGAGAAACGGGUCUUUGCCAACUGGGCAACCCUCUACAACAUCACCUUCUCCCACCCGGACUGGGAUUAGCCCAGCACAGAAGUGCCGAGGGCACACGACGUGCCAAACCCUCCUGCUCCGGCGGGGGGAGUCAGUGGGGCUGCGGCCGCCUCUCCGCAUCCAAAAAUAGGAACCCUUGGAGCGAAGAAGCUGGUCUGGCGGCCGAGGGCUUCGGAUGGCCACCCACCGUCCGAGGGGGAACCAGAGCGACAGCCCGCCUUUCUGACACCCACAGACCCACUGAAUCAAGUGGACCGCCCAGCCAGUUCAGCGUCCCGUUGGAUUCCAGGAAGUCCAAAAACCAGGUGUGGACGCAGCAGCCUUCUCCCCACUCUCAACUGUAUUCUGUUUCUGCACACGGGAGGUUCCCUCUAGCUAUCCUAGUAGAAGCUCCUCCCACCCUUCUACUCAGAUGUCAAAAUGCAAGAGGGGAACUAGCUGGUACAGAGAAGGAACGACGGGAGACUGGGGCGUCCUGGAAGGGGUGUGUCAUCUCGCUCCCACUUUCCCCCCUCCUGGCUCGCUCACUGAGGUGGCUUCCCAAUUCUGGUCUGGACCUGGCCAAAGAGAAGCCCCCCAGCUGCUGCCGCUAACCCCGCUAGAGCUUUACCAGCCCCACUCCAAGAGCAGGGCGCCACGACAUCGGCAGGAGGAGGAGGGCGUGGCUCUCGGGGGCAGCGAGGGCUCGCCCUCAAACUGCCUGUCGAGGUCCCCGGUUUAACGUGCGUUUUCAUAGAAGCUCGAGCAGAGGCAGCGGAGAGGCCAGCGGCUUGUCCACGGCCGCUGACCGAGUACGAGGCAGAGGGGAGGCCCAGGCCUAAAGCCCCCACCCUCCCAAAUCUCCCAGGCUUGCAGAUGAAAAAGGAAGAUCCCAUUCAGACCGCCUCGCCAAGCAAUGUGCUUUCCCACCCAGCCUGUCGUUAGCAUUGCCAGAUGGGGUGGAGAUGGCAACUAGUUUGGGUACUUUUUGAAAGGGCCGGUCCGAGAGGCCGGCCAGGCGUUAUUCACGAUGAUAAAUAAGUGGAACCUCCCUCAUCAGAGGCAGUGAAUCUCUGAAAACCAGGGGGUCAUUAAAAAAACAAACCCGGGGAAAGUAGCAGCCUUGUUGCCCCGCUUGUAGGUUUCCAGGGGUAUCUGGCUGGGCCAGAUUCCCUGCGACCCGAAUGAAUCCCCACCCCCCACCCCCGAUCGUCCCCAAUUAA